CUAAAUUAAAACCCCUCCCUGUCUAACACUACUCGUAGAUCGAUACACAACAGAGAGUACGUACUUAACAUGGAUUCGAAAGAAAAAGAAGACCAUGUCAAAAGUCUGAUCACGAGUAGAGAGAUGCUCUUGAAGCUUCAGCAGAACAUUGAGACAGCCACUUGUGGACCAUCCGCUUCCACUUCAGCUGAUCUUCAAAACCUCUCUAAUGAAAUUCAAAAACAUCUCAUGAAGACUGCAGCCACUGCCCAGGAUCCGAAUAAGCCUGAUCCGAGUAAAGCCACCUCGCAUAUAAAAGAUGACUUUUUUGCAGAGCUUGACAAGGUGUUUACAGUUGAGGAAGUUGGACACAAGUGCGACUUAUGCGGGAGAGAUCUAGCCUCGGAUCCAGAACGGCCUAAUGCUUCUUUGCGCAGCUUACAAGAGGCGUGCGUGCUGGAUUGUGGUCAUGUAUACCACUUCAAGUGUUUAAAAGGCACCACUCUUGAUCUUGACAACCGUUCUACUAACCCUUCUUGCAUUUUCUGCGUCAGCUAGUCCAACUGAAUCAACCAUCAAUGU